UGGCGGACGACGAAGAGGAAAGUGAGGCUCUUCUUGUUUGCAUGUAUUCGUGCGUGCAUUUUCUGUUGAAUUCGUAUAAAAGAAAGAAGCGCAUCGAUCAUGACGUUAAGAGCGCCGAGGAGGCCGAAGGGUCGCAGGCGCUGGUCAGAAAUUCGAGUAAGAAAUAUGUCACGCUGGUUCGCCGUGGUCUUCAAAGAAGAAAUAGGAUCCUUUUGGCUAAUGCUCAGAAGAGAAGAAAAGUUGCGCUGUGGAAACACCUGAGAUCGUCUGAGUGGUGGGACAACGUGCUGUGCGACUUCUCGGACUCGCAGUGGCAGAGGAACUUCCGCAUGUCGAGAGAGACGUUCGAGUACCUGUGCGCUAAAGUGAAGCCGGCGAUCGAGCGCAAAGACACGGCGCUGCGGCUCUGUGUGCCUCUGCAGAAGAGGGUGGGCAUGGCGCUCUGGAAGCUGGCGACCAGCUCCGAUUACCGAACCGUGGGGCAUCUCUUCGGCGUCGGUGUCACCACAGUUUGCCGGUGCCUGCACGAGUUUUGCCAGGCGGUUAACCAAAUAGUCCUGCCCGAAGUCCUGCGCACACCAACGCCCGAGGAGCUGGCGGACACGGCCGCGCUCUUCGAGGAGCGAUGGGGAGUCGCGCAGUGCAUCGGCGCCAUCGACAGCUCGCACGUCCCGAUAAUCGCACCGAAAGAGUUCCAUCACGACUAUUUCAACAGCAAAGACUGGCACUCCAUUGUCCUGCAGGCGGUGGUAGAUGGCAGGGGGCUUUUCUGGGAUGUCAGCGUGGGUUGCCCUGGUAGUGCCUGUGAGGCGGGAGUUCUCAGACAGUCGAAGCUGUGGACGCUGGCUAGCAGCGGCGCCCUCUUCCCCGGCCGGACGAGGCGCAUCUGCGGCGAGGAUGUGGGGUACUACAUCAUCGGCGACUCUGCCUAUCCCCUGCAGAACUGGCUUAUGAAGCCGUUCGAGGACACCGGGAAGCUCAGCGCCCGGCAGAAACGGUUCAACGCUAAAAUCGGCCAGGCGAGGUCCGUCGCGGUGAACGCCUUUUGCCGGCUGAAGGGGAGGUGGAAGUGCCUGACGAAGAGGAACGACUGCAACGUGGACGUGAUCAAGGCCAUGGUCCUGACCUGCUGUGUGCUUCACAACCUGUGCGAAAAGCGCGGGGAGACGUUCACGGAGGACUGGGACGGACAGGAGCUACAGCGGCCGGUGAAUCUACCCCACAGGGACGGGGACGAGGGCAGCGGGGUCCGAAACGCGUUAGCGCAGUACUUCAGCUCCGAGCAGUGAAGCGUGCAGCAGCGGAACCAUGCGCGUUUAUAACUCACUAGUUUUGCAUUACAUUACAUUGCGUUACAUUAUUGUCAUUUAGCAGACGCUCUGGG